GGUGGCGCUCAUUUUGGCUGCUCGCGGGUCUGUUUUCGCUGGAGCGCCGGGUCGGGGCUGAGGGGACGACGAGGAGGCGCGGGAGGAGGCGCCGUCCCCGCGGCCCAGGCGGCUCUGAGGCUCGGCGACGCCGCCCGGGGCCCCGCGCCAGGCCCGGGCCAGGGAGCGCCGCGCCCGGCGCCUCGUCUCCCGCCGCUCCCGGCCCCGCUCCGCCCCCGAGGCCGAUGGCGGCGGCCGCGCGGAGGGAGCCGGCUCAGGGCAAUGUGACUUGGGAGGAUGUGGCUGUGUACUUCUCCUGGGAGGAAUGGAGGCUCCUUGAUGAGGCUCAGAGACACCUGUACCAGGAUGUGAUGCUGGAGAACUUGGCACUCAUAUCCUCACUAGGUUGUUUGUGUGACAUAGAGAAUGAGGAUGCACCUUCUGGACAGAGUGUUUCUCUGGAAAGAAUGCCACAAAUCAGGGCUUCGAAGCCAGAUCAGUCAACUCAGAAGGCUCAUCUUUGUGAGAUGUGUGUUCCUGUCAUGAAAGAUAUUUUGUACCUGACUGAGCAUCAAGGAAUAUAUAUUGGACAGAAAUCUUACACAUGUGUGGUAUGUGGGAAACAGUUCUGUUUCCGUGUGGAUCUUCACCAACACCAGAAGGAGCACAGUAGGAAAAAACCCUACAGCAAGGACGUAGACAGGGCCUCCUUUGUGAAGAGCUCUGGAAGCCAUUCGUCAUGGAAUCCUUUCACCUGUCGAGAGGUUGGAAAGGACUUCUUGGUCAACGGGGGCCUUCUCCAGCACCAGGCUACUCCCAAAGCGAUACUGAGUAUACAUAACAGUACUGAGCUUGAGGAGGCUCUUCACAGUGGAAAAAGUCCUUACAAGUGUGGUGAAUGUGGGAAAGCCUUCCGCCGCAAACGUACGCUUAUUCAGCACCAGAGAAUCCACACUGGAGAAGGACUGUAUGAGUGCAGUGAAUGUGGGAAAACCUUCAGUUACAAGCACACAUUUGUUCAGCAUAAGACAGUCCACACUGGAGAAAGGCCUUUUGGGUGUAGUGAAUGUGAGAAGUCCUUCAGGUUCAAAUAUAAACUUGUUCAGCACCAGCGUAUCCACACAGGAGAAAGACCUUAUGAGUGCAGUGAAUGUGGGAAAGCUUUUGGGUGCAAAUCCAAACUUGUUCGGCACCAGAGAAUUCACACUGGAGCAAGGCCUUAUGAGUGUGCUGAAUGUGGUAAAUUCUUUAGACAAAGUUCCAGCCUUGUUCAACAUCAGAGAAUUCACACUGGAGCAAGGCCUUAUGAAUGUGGUGAAUGUGGGAAAUCUUUUAGCCAAAGCUCCAUCCUCAUUCAGCACCGGAGAGUUCACACUGGAGAAAGGCCAUAUGAGUGCAGUGAAUGUGGGAAAUCCUUUAGACAAAGCUCUAGCCUCAUUCAACACAGAAGAGUUCAUACAGGAGCAAGGCCUUAUGAGUGCAGCGAAUGUGGGAAAUCCUUUAGCCAAAGCUUCAGCCUCAUUCUACAUCGGAGAAUUCACACUGGAGAAAGGCCUUAUGAGUGCAGUGAAUGUGGAAAGUCCUUUAGCCAAAACUACAGCCUCAUUCAACACCAUAAACUUCACACUAGGCCCAGACCAUACAGUUGCAGUGAAUGUGGGAAGGCCUUCAACCGCAAAGACACACUUGUCCAGCACCAGAGAAUCCAUACUGGAGAAAAGCCUUAUGAGUGCAGUGAAUGUGGGAAAGCCUUCAGUCGAAAAGCCACACUUGUCCAGCACCAGAGAAUCCACACUGGAGAAAGGCCUUAUGAGUGCAGCGAGUGUGGGAAAGCCUUUAGUCGUAAAGACAACCUCACUCAGCAUAAAAGAAUUCACACUGGAGAAAUGCCUUAUAAGUGUGGCGAAUGUGGAAAAUACUUUAGCCAUCACUCCAACCUAAUCGUACACCAGAGAGUUCACAAUGGAGCAAGGCCUUAUAAGUGCAACGAUUGUGGGAAAGUCUUCAGACACAAAUCCACACUUGUUCAGCAUGAGAGUAUCCACACUGGAGAAAAUCCUUAUGUUUGCAGUGAUUGUGGGAAAUCCUUUGGUCACAAAUACACCCUUAUUAAACACCAGAGAAUUCACACUGAGGUGAGACCUUUUGAGUGUGUGGAAUGUGGGAAAUUCUUUAGUCGAAGCUCUGACUUUAUUGCACACCAAAGAGUUCACACAGGGGAAAGGCCUUUUGUGUGCAGCAAGUGUGGGAAGGAUUUCAUCAGAACCUCCCACCUUGUUCGGCACCAAAAAGUUCACACUGGAGAAAGGCCGUAUGAGUGCAAUGAAUGUGGGAAAGCCUAUAGCCUAAGCUCCCACCUUAUUCGGCACCAGAAAGUUCACACUGCAGGAAGGCUUUAGGGCUGCUUUCAACACAACAGGACUCAUAGGUAGAGGACUCAUAGGUAGAGGAGCACUGUGAUUACCCUUUGAGAGGGAGAUGUCAAUCAGAUGUUGAUGUUCAUAUAUCUGAACUUUGACACUAGAGAGAUACCUUAUGAAUGCCAGGUACAAGGGAAGCUUUCAAGGCCUGUGUUGCACUUUGAGACCUGCUCAGGUUCCUUGCCAGAUUUGUCAGUGUCAAUGCCUGUGGCUAAAACCAUCUCAACUCUACCAUCUAAGUUACCUUAAUAUCCUCAGGAAAAGCAGAACUUUGUUUCUCUUUCCUGUCCCUGGAGGAAAUUAUAAGAAAUCUGAGUUAAAUAUGGUCCUCAUUGCAUCCCCACUGACUGGGAAAGGUGUGGACAUGACCCAUUUUUAGCCAAGAGGGCCUGAGCUAUGUUCUGAUAGCAGAAAAGGUUUACUUUCUUCAUGGACAUUUUUGGUCUUGUAUGAUACUUGUGACAGAUUUUUCCAGCCUUCAAGUCACCGAAUCUGGAGAACUACUUGCCUCGUUACUCUAAUUUGUGCGAUAAUAAAGACAUCAUUUAAGCCUCUUUUAA